AUGUGGUGCCUGGAGCGGCUCGGCUUAGGUCCCGAGCGCCUCCUGCGGGGCGGGAGCGGACGGCUCCAGGGCUGGGCCAGAAGAACCGCUGCCACCGCGCCCGCCAAGUGUGCGAACGUGCUCACCCCGGACCGCAUCCCAGAUUUCUGCAUCCCCCCGCGAUUCGCGCCCUGCCCCGUGCUGGCUGCGCACCGGGACUCCCGCGUGAAAAGAGCAGGAGACGACGACGGCGCGGGGCGCACGGACUGGGACCCGCGCUCGCAGGCGGCGCUCUCGCUGCCUCACCUGCCCCGCGCGCGCACCGCCUACGGCUUCUGCGCGCUGCUGGAGAGCCCGCACACCCGCCGCAAGGAGUCGCUCUUCCUGGGGGGCCCCGGCGCCCCGGCGCUCCUGCCGCCGCCCGCGCUCCGCCCGCGGGCCCACACCUACGGCGGCGGCGGAGGAGGAGGAGGAGGAGACGCCCCCCUCUGGGCCCGCUUCACCCCACCCGCGGCUUUCCGCGGCUCCCGCCCGCCCCGGAACACGCUCGCCCCGCGGCCCCGCGGCCCCCGCCCCCUGCGCGCCCCCAAAGGGCUGCUGAGCCGCGCGCUGCAGGCCCGGAGGAGUCACAGCCUCGCCCGCGCCCGCUCGGUGUCCAGCGGGCACCUGGACGGGGAACGCUCCUCCAGCUCGGGGUCCCCGGCCCGGCCCCGCUCCGCGUCCCCCCCGUCGGACCCCGGCCCGCGGCCCGGGUGCGUGGAGGCCGAGGGCACCGUGGCUCUGGGCCGCGCCUGCGGCGCCCUGCGCCUGGCCGCCGAGUACAGCGCGGCCAGCGGGCGCCUCCGCCUCCGGCUGCUGCGCCCCGAGGGCCCGGCCGGGGGCGCCCCGGAGCCCUGCGCCGCGGGCUGCCGCGUCAGCCUGGUCCUGCAGCCGCCCGGCAAGGCGCGCCCGCAGCGCAGCGCCGUGCUCCGGCGGAGCCGCAAGGCCGGCUUCGACCAGGACUUCUGCUUCGACGGGCUGUCGGAGGACGAGGUGCGCCGCCUGGCCGUGCGCGUCAAGGCCGAGGCCAAGGGCCGCGGGCUGAAGCGGGGCCGCCUGCUGGGCCAGGGCGAGCUGCUGUUGGGCUCCCUGCUGCUGCCCUGA